CGAUACGGACUUUCUAGAAUAUACAAGACCAUUCUUGAAAUUCCUGUAAUCUUCUAAUCUCUCUGUUUCCUUCUCGGCUAUUCAAGAAGUAGAAGAGAAAUUCUCAGAGAAUAAUCCAGACUUCUGAAACUUUCACCAUACUUUUCAGUUUCAUCUAUAAAUACCAAAUUCCCCCAUCUUUCAUUCUCAUAGAAAGCAAGAUAAAAACAUCAACACUCAAGCAAACAAAAACACACAACAAAAACAAUCAAAAUAAUUCAACAAUGUCGCUGAUUCCAAGAUUGUUCGAAAACCGACGAAGUAACAUCUUCGAUCCAUUCUCCCUUGAUUUGUGGGACCCAUUUCAGGGUUUCCCCUUCAACGAAACCUCUCAAUCUCUAUCCUCUGGUCACGAAACCGCAGCAUUUGUGAAUGCUCGAAUGGACUGGAAAGAGACUCCGGAGGCCCAUGUAUUCAAAGCGGAUGUACCCGGGUUAAAGAAGGAGGAAGUCAAAGUAGAGGUGGAAGACGGCAAAGUGCUCCAGGUCAGCGGAGAGAGAAGCAGGGAACAAGAGGAGAAGAAUGACAAGUGGCAUCGUGUUGAGCGGAGUUCUGGAAAGUUCUUGAGAAGGUUUAGGCUGCCUGAAAAUGCAAAGAUGGAUGAGAUUAAGGCGAGUAUGGACAACGGGGUUUUAACUGUUACUGUUCCUAAGAUGGAGGAGAAGAAGCCUCAGCUCAAGUCUAUUGAUAUCUCUGCUUAAAACUUAAAAGUAUGAAUAUAUUUGUGUAAUGUUUUAUUCAUCGUUGAUUAUGUACUCGUGUCUAAACCGUCUAGUUUGUGAGUUGAAGUGUAUUGGUAAGAAGCAACGUAUCAAUGAUGGAAUAAUAAGUUGAUAUACUUUGAAA